GGUGGGAGGGGCCUGGCAUGGCUGACGUCAGCGGCUGUGUGGAGGAGUAUAGGCUGUGCUGUCAGGCCAGUGUCAGUCUGAUGAAGAUUGGCAUGCAGGUUUUACGUGGAGAGCUGGAUACGGCAUCACAGAGCAGACAACCAAACCUCAACCUGCUGUGUUGCUGGGGAAUAACGAACUUCUCAAUGUGAAGCUAUCCCAUGAUGCAACAUGUGCCCCCAGCACCGGCAUUGACAAUGAUGGCCACCCAGAGUGUUCCUCCACCCUCGUACCAGGAGAGCCAACAGAUGACGGGCACCACUCAGCAGAACACCAAGACCCCACAGGUCCACAUCCCAGCAGCCUCUGCAGCAGGAAAUACCUCUGUCAGCGUGACCCUUGACCCCCAGGCCCAGUUAGAGUCUGACAAAAGGGCAGUUUAUAGUCAUUUUCAAAGACAUCCGUUGUUCCCCCUUCUGGCCUUGUUGUUCGAGAAGUGCGAGCAGGCCACACAGGGAUCCGAAUGCAUCACGUCAGCCAGCUUUGAUGUGGAUAUUGAAAACUUUGUGCACCAGCAGGAGCGAGACCACAAACCGUUUUUCAGCGAGGAUCCAGAGCUCGACAACUUGAUGGUCAAGGCCAUUCAGGUAUUGCGGAUCCACUUGUUGGAGUUGGAGAAGGUCAAUGAGCUCUGUAAGGACUUCUGCAAUCGCUACAUCACUUGCCUCAAGACAAAGAUGCACAGCGACAACCUCCUUCGUAAUGACCUCGGAGGACCAUAUUCUCCCACACAGACCAAUCUCAGCAUGCAGCAGGAACUAAUUCAGACCUCCUCUCCAUCCAUGACCUCUGUCUCCAGCUCUGUUAACCCUUCAGGGAUUGUGGUGCCUGCUGGGGGUCUCCAACAGGGCAGUGUUGCCAUGACUACAAUCAAUUCUCAAGUGGUAUCCGGUGGGACACUGUACCAGCCAGUUGCCAUGGUGACAUCGCAAGGGCAAGUAUUAACGCAGGCGCUGCCGCCGGGAACUAUCCAGAUCCAGAACUCCCAGAAGGUGAAUGUGGACCUGUCGUCCCUGUUGGACAGUGAAGAUAAGAAGUCCAAGAAUAAGAGGGGCGUCCUGCCCAAACACGCCACCAACAUCAUGCGCUCGUGGCUGUUUCAGCAUCUCAUGCACCCGUACCCAACGGAAGAUGAGAAAAGACAGAUUGCAGCACAAACAAGUCUAACUCUGUUACAAGUGAAUAACUGGUUCAUCAACGCUCGUCGGCGUAUCCUCCAACCUAUGCUGGAUGCCAGUAACCCAGAUCCAGCUCCUAAAGCCAAGAAGAUGAAGUCCCAGCACCGUCCCACACAGCGCUUCUGGCCGGACUCCAUUGUGGCUGGAGUUCUGCAGACACACAGAUCUCAAUCAGCAAACAACUCAGACAACCCGCUGAGCAUGGACGGCCUCCAGUCGCUGUCAUCAGACUCGGCCACCCUCGCCAUGCAACAAGCCAUGCUGGGAGCUGACGACUCCAUGGACGGCACGGAGGAGGAGGAGGACGACGAAGAUGAGGACGAGGAGGAAGAAGAGGAAGAAGCCAUGGAGGAGGAAGAAGAUGAGGAAGAUGGAGAAGAGGAAAACGACAGGGGGAGGCAGAUGGUCAGCAGAGGAGGAGGAGGAGGAGGAGGAGGAGGAGGGGGAGGAAUCAGAGAUCUGAGUAUGGAGCACAGGGAAGAACUAGAGUAACGAAAGAGGCAGAAAAGGACCGCAUGACCUUUGACCUCAGUUGUGCCCGUAAAUGACACGUGUCAUCCUGAACUGAAGGGCAGCUCUUAGACUCUUCAGAGCUUUUAAUGGCAGAUUAAGUUGUUCUCCAGUCUGCAGAGCUGCCUGAAGUCCAAUCACACCAUGACAUCACUCAACAAAAAUAUAAACGC